AUGCUGGCAGGGCGGUGGCGGCUGGAGGGGCGGCAGUGGCGGCGUGCUGAGCCGGCCGUGGUGCUCCGUGCCCUCUACAACUAUGCAUACUGUGCUGAGGACGGGCGGCACGUGGCCAUGGCUGCUGGCGAGCAGUUCCUGCUGCUCCACAAAGCCAAUGAGGACUGGUGGCAGGUGAGACGGGCCAGCGAGCCCCGCUGGGCUCGGCCCUUCUUUGUCCCUGCUACCUACGUAGCCGAGCUGGACCCUGGUGACACCGGGAGACAGAGCAUGCUGCCCCCCAGCCAGCCUGCAGGCAUGGGCCUGCCACCACAGUACCGCUCACUGGAGGACCUAUGUGGCUCCCCCCCGGCCCCCCCCCAGGAGGCCAGGCUCACCCCCACGCGCCCCACGGGCAAAAAGGCCAGGCUCACCCCCACGCGCCCCAUGGGCCACUGCAUCAGCACCAGCCAGCUGGCAGAGGGGGGUGGGGCCCUGCCUGCCCCCCCCCACCAGCUGCCACGGAAGAGCUGGGGGGUCUCCUGGGUGGUGCUGGCCAGGAACAGCCUCAUCUUCUACAAGGAGCCCCGCCCGAUGCCUCCCCAGUGCCCUGCCAGCAGCCGCCCUGAGAGCAGCGUGGACUUGCGGGGGGCUGCCCUGGAUUGGGACCUGGAGAACCCCAUGGAUGCGCCUGUGGGGUGGCUGCACCGGGGGGACAUUGGGGAUCUGGUGGAGCUCAGCGGGGAUGAAGAUGAGGCGCCGCGGGUCACUGAGGGUGCCGGGGCUCCAGGUGCCCCCCACACCCCCGACACCUUGGAGAAGAAGCAGGUGAAGAGCAAGCUGAGGCACUUCAUCAUCAAGCGGCCCCCGCUCCAGAGCCUGCAGGAGAAGGGACUCAUUCGAGACCAGGUGUUCGGGUGCAGCCUGGAUGCCCUGUGCCAGCGGGAGAGCACCACCGUGCCCCGCUUCGUCCAGCUCUGUGUGGAGGCCAUUGAGGAGAGAGGCCUUGAUGUUGACGGGAUCUACCGGGUCAACGGGAACCUGUCCGUGAUCCAGAAGCUGCGUUUUGCUGUGGACCGGGAGCGAGCUGUGACCUCGGAUGGGCGCUAUGUCUUCCCCGAGCAGCUGUGCCAAGAGGAGCGGCUCAGCCUGGCAGACUCCGAGUGGAGCGAUGUCCACGUGGUGACCGGUGCCCUCAAGCUCUUCUUCCGGGAGCUGCCCGAGCCCCUAGUGCCCUACAGGCUCUUUGACCCCUUCAUUGAAGCUAUCAAGCUGCCAGACCCCCAGGAGCAGGUGGAGCGGGUGGCUGAACUGGUGCAGAGCCUGCCCCCUGCCAACUAUGCCACCCUGCGCUACCUCCUGGCUCACCUCUGCCGGGUGAUGGAGCGGGUAGAUGUCAACCGCAUGACAUGCCAGAACAUCGGCAUCGUGUUUGGGCCGACGCUGCUGCGGCCGGAGCGGGAGCCGGUCAGCCUGGUGGCGGGCAUGGCCCAGCAGAACCAGGCUGUGGAGCUGCUGCUGGCACACUUUGAUCGCAUCUUCCCCGCGCCUCCCUGA